ACCCCGCAGAUUCCAGUUGUCGCGAUUCUCGGCGUGGCGGCGGGCGCGCAACUGACCCUGCUGCCCUACGCCUAUCUGGCGGCGGAUCCGCUUCCGGUGUACCAUCAGUCGCAGGACACGCGCGCCGGGGUGCACGCGUACAGCUACGCCGGCGGCCCGUCCGCCAAGGAGGAGGUCCGAGGCCUCGACGGGGUCACGCGCGGCUCCUACAGCUACGUCGACGCGCACGGUAUCCUGCAAUCCGUCUUUUACGUCGCGGACGAGGGUGGCUUCCGUGUCGCGGCGACGAAUCUACCUACCGACGGCGGCGAGCUCCUGACAGCCAAGAUAUCUGCCCACAAUCAGGAAGAGAAGGCAAGCCGCAGGAAGCGCAGCCUCGAGGCAUUGCCGGUCGAUCAAGAUCGUCAUCAGGCAGAAAAUCCGAGUUCCCAGGGAGAUCAGGCUGAUCGGGAGGGCGCGGCGGCGAAGAGUUCCCACGAGCUUCCAGCGUCGGAGGAAAAAUCCAGCGAGGGCGAACGGCGAGAUAGCGGCGCCGCACAACCCAUCGUCCACGCGCCCGUAUACGGCCUGCUAGGCUCGGUUCUGAUCCCGAGAUUGACCGGCGCGGCGACUUCCCAUCAGAGCCGCGUUGAUGUUAACAAUAACGUUCGUUUGAAGGCCGUUCAACCCGUCGAGACGAUUGGCGUUCUGUCGGAGACGGUGCCUGCCCACGAGACGGUGAUUCUUCCCAGCCAGGUACCUCUGGCGACUUCUCAUCAGAGUCGCGUCCAGGUGCACGACAGUCUUCGCGUCGAGGUGCCGGAAAAGGUGCUCGUCAACGCGGAAACGAUCGAGGUCCAGCCGCAGAUAGCGCAGGGGGCCGCCGCUGUCAAGCUGGACCAGCCGCUUUCGUCCCUCACUUCUGCUCUUCCCGAUUACAAUGAAAAUCGGAUCCAGCUUCACCGAAAUCUCGGGUUGGAAGGUCCAAAUCGCAAGAACGCCGUGAAGAUAGACGCGGCGCAGCUGGCGAUCGCCACGGUUCCUGUCGUCAAACAUGCAGUUCCGAUCGUCACCGAGGAACCACUUCCAGUCGCUACUGCCGUCUCUAGCCAGAGCAGGACGCAAAUCCAUCGCAAUAUCAAACUCGAAGUGGCCGUGCCGAUCGAACCGGCCGUGUACCUGACGGCUCCCUACGUUCAACCGUUCUCCAUCUGGCCGAUAUUGGCACCUAUCGCUCAAUCCUCUCAAUACCGCCAUCAGAUUCACUCGAACGAGAAGCUCUAAUUGGCAAAAUAAAGAUUCGAUCGUUUCUUUCAUUAAGAUUGUGACUGAGAAUUUCCUUCAUGCGUUUAUAUUAAUUUUUAUUUGGCAAUUUUUUACGAAUCUUCGUGUAAUUCUAUUUGAAUGAUAUAAUGAUGAAUAUCACUGUUAGCUCUUUCUCUGUUUCUCUCUCUCUCUCUCUCUCUCUCUGGCGAGAUAGAUUAAAGUUUCUAAAUAUUUCUUUGAACAGACAAUCUACAUUUAAUUUGUAAACUAUUUUUUUGGCAAAAAUUAUAAAAUUAAUGCGAUUGUAUGUUGAAAUCUUAUCGCAAAAUUAAUCGAUACGAAAGACAUCUAGAUUUUAAGAAGUUAAAAUAAAUUACACGGAUAAGUCAUUUGCAUUGUGCUCAAAUAAUUAGAAUGCAGCAAAAAUUCCGUAAACGACUGAUUAAUGACAAGUUCGUUGGCAACAGCUCGAUCUAUAGAUAUCAUUAUUCACCGUCCUUGUCCCCUUCAUUUAUCCUGUAAUGAGCAUCUUACAAAUUAAAUUAUUAUACAAUCCUCAUACAGUUCACAUUAAAAACACAUUAUC